CAGUACAAAUUUGGAGUUUGGGUUUGAACAAUCUGAGGGUUCAAUACACCAUGGAGGCUGGCUCUCUUAGUCUCAGGUGUACAGGAAUGAAGUCUCUGAAAGUGCCCAAGUGCUCCUCAGGGCCAAUAGAAGCUUCUGUAAAAUUCAUGGGGUCCAGAAAUAGCAUGAAUUCAAUUAAGUCCAGAAGGAAGGUUUAUUGUGUAUUGACCAACUCUUCUCAGAAAAUAGUAAGUGCACCCAUAGUGAAGAAAACUGAGUACAAGGACAAUUGGAUUGAAAAAAUGGCUAUCAACUAUCUAUGCCAUUGUGUGCAAGAAUCAACAGGUAUUAGUACAGAUAUGGUUGGUUAUGAAGGUCUUAUCGAUGUUAUUUCAAAGGUUUCUCAAAGUUUUAGCCCUGUUGUACAACGAGAGCUAAUUUCCCAUGCACUGCACCAGGCUGUUCCAGAUUUCAUCUUGGCUUUUGCUCGAGUUAUUCUAAGACCUUCAAAAUCCACCUCGCAAUACUUUGCUGCUUCUACUCCAAUACUUUUUAAGUGGCUUGUCGGAGAUUGUGAGGUCAGGCAAACAGAAAAUGUAGAUGGGUCUAAGGAAAAAACCACAGUGUAUUUGAAAAAAUGCAGAAUCUUGGAGAGCUCCAACUGUGUUGGAGUUUGUACAAAUCAAUGCAAAAUCCCCUCACAGCGUUUCAUUGGACAAUAUCUUGGAACACCAAUGACUCUUACUCCCAAUUUUGAUGACAUGAGUUGUGAAAUAGUAUUUGGAAAAAUCCCACCACCCAUCGAAGAGGAUCCAGCUUUUAGACAACCCUGCUAUAAUCUCUGUAAGUUAAAGAAGCCACAUACAGACAACUGUGCAGAGCUCAAGACGACCCCAUGAUUUCUUUGCUCUUUCAAGGUCCAGAAUUUUUUAAAUGGUCUGCAUCAGAGAGAUCACAUAAAACAAGCCCAUAUAUUCUCUUGAUGUACAGUGAUUUUAAAUUUUCUUGGUUUUUUCUUCGUUAAGUUCCAUAGUUUUAGGUAGAUACCAGACAUUUUUUAAUGCUUGAAUUAUUCUUUAAUGGCAAGUGCUAACCUAUUUUUUUAGCUCCACUUCCUUGUCAAUGUCUCAAAUUACGUACUUGCUCAGAGUUAUUAGAGAAUAAUCACUAGAUUAAAAAAAUGUUAAAGGUUAUCUGGACAAGCUCAAUUAAAUUCAAAUGAACAUAAGGGC